GUGAUCUCCUAUCUCCUCCUGACCCCAGUGACACAGUGCACCCAUGAAAAGGUGAAUGGGGCACUGUAUCACUACAGAUAAUUUGACCACUCAGUCAUUUCCUCCAGUUAUCUGCUAUUCCUUCACGUAAUUCCUGGAAGCAUGCUAUGAAGAGUCACAAAACAGUUUGCAAAUUUAUAGAGACAUUCUUAACAAAGUAGUAAAAUCCUUACGGAAAAUUUUUUUAAUUUGUGUUCAGAUUUUUGACUGUCACAAAGAUUGGGGCCCCUCCAGGCUGUUUAGUAUCUAAGAGACAAAGAUAAAAGAUGUGCUACACCCAUGGGCCAGUUCCAUACAAAGAAAACUGUCCCACUCCUUAUACACAGUCUUGAUGUAAUCAGAUGAAUUUGGUCAUUCAUCUCCACUCUGAAAUUUCACCCUGGUUCCCCAUCUAGUCCUAACUUUUGGAAUUUACAACAGUUUUACCAAAGUCUCCUACAGAUCCACGAAGGGGAAAAUUUUCUCUAUGUUUGCAGAAGAGGAGAAGGUCAUCAUUUUGUAAACCCUGCAGACCAUCCUUCCUCUCAUGAGAUCUCAACAACUUGUCCAUUUCAAUCUGGAAAAUGAGGGAAAGGAAGCUGUCCCUGGGUAUUUGAAUUUAAUUAACGCCUUUCCCAGUUUGUUUUCAUCUUCUUUAUUUUUUAAGUAAUAUUUGACAUUCUUUGCAAAACAUUUAUACUUUUUUUUCGUAAUUAUUAUCUGUCUCUUCCCAUAGAACAAAAGCUCCAUAACAAUAAGCCACAUGAUGCCUAGAACAGCACCUGGGAUUGAAAAAUAAUUAUUUUGAAAAGAAUUAAUAGGCCUCUAGCAGCAUUAUGGCUGAUCUGCUACAAAUGUAUUUUAUUGAAAUGAAUGUAUUGAGACUCAGAGAACUCCCGUCAUUUUCUCAAGUCAGGAUUCCUGCUCAGAUCUCCUCAGUCUAAUAGCUUAAGUCUUACCAUAUCAUAUGUACCUGGUACAUAGAAUGUCUUCAUAUAAUAUGAGCUGAAGGAAUUAAACCCACUGUCCUUUAGCCAUGGAGACAGACAAUCACACCGUGACUGAGUUCAUCCUUGUGGGCUUCACAACAGACCCUGUGAUGCAGUUGAUCCUAUUUGUGGUGUUCCUUGCUGUGUACUCUGUGACCCUGGUGGGAAAUACCAUGUUAAUAACAUUGAUCUCUAAUGACUCCCGGCUCCACACACCCAUGUAUUUUUUCAUUGGAAAUCUGUCGUUCCUGGAUCUCUGGUGUUCCUCUGUCUAUACCCCGAAGAUCCUAAAGACGUGCAUCUCCGAGGACAAAAGCAUCUCCUUUGCUGGCUGUGUAGCUCAGUUCUUCUUCUCUGCUGGGCUGGCAUUUAGUGAGUGUUACUUGUUGGCCGCCAUGGCUUAUGACCGCUAUGUGGCUAUCUCAAAACCACUGCUUUAUUCUCAGGCAAUGUCCAUAAGGCUGUGCACAUUUUUAGUAGUAGCCUCAUAUCUUGAUGGAUUUAUCAACUCUUCUGUCAUCACCAAAAGAACUUUUGCCUUGAGCUUCUGUGGUGACAAUGUCAUUGAUGACUUUUUCUGUGAUUUACUUUCUCUGGUGAAGCUGGCUUGUGGCAGAAAAGAUGGCUACCAGACUCUACUAUAUUUCCUCCUGGCCUCCAAUGUCAUCAUCCCCAUUGUGCUCAUCCUCGCCUCCUACCUCUUCAUCAUUACCACCAUUUUGAGGAUCCGUUCUACCCAGGGCCGCCUCAAAGCCUUCUCUACCUGCUCCUCCCACUUGAUUUCUGUCACCUUAUACUAUGGCUCCAUUCUCUACAUCUACUGUCACCCCCGAUCUAGCUAUUCCAUGGAUAGGGACAAAAUAGUUUCCACCUUUUACACUGUGGUCUUCCCCACAUUGAAUCCUAUGAUCUACAGCCUGAGGAAUAAGGAUGUGAAAGAGGCUCUGAAUAAACUCUUUAAAUGAAUCCAGAUUCUCUCCUUCUAAGGUAAUGCAAAGAAAAUUUUUGAUCAGGUAUUUUGUAUCUCCAGCAGAGCUGCCAUUGUGCUCCAUCAGGAUAAAAAAAACAUAUUCAAAUUAAAGAGUUUUUCCAACCUUGACACAACACAGUCCAGUGGAUCUAAGAUAAGAAAAUUAGGGCAAUUUAGGAAAUAACACUUGAAUAUAAAGCCUAAAUUUUGAUUGAAUUCCAUUGGUUAGAAACAACCAAAACCAUGGAUUAGAAGCAACAAGAAAAUAAAAUUCAAAAACUGUUCUCUAUCCUCAUAAAGGAAAG